AUGGCAACAAGAAGUUCCUUCCGCAAGUUCCCAAAGCUGCCCGCCGAGCUUCGUCUCAAGAUCUGGGAGGAAGCCCUACCCGAGCUCAUCGAACAGCCCCUCUACUUCUACAGCCAGCGCCAGCGCCAGACUACCCACGCCUACGACACCCUCGCGGCGGUGGUGCCCCAGAGCAUCGACGUCCAGCACGGCCAAGUGCGCCCCCGCACGGUCGAGCUCCCGCACUUGUUCGUCAACUGGGAGGCUCGCGGGACCGCCCUGUGCUGGGUGGGCAAGCAAGACGCGGAGACUCUCUCGUCGUGGAUGAGACCGAAACAGUCCCCGUCCCACCACCACCACCACCACCACCACAUCCUCGUUCGUCCCUUCUCCCCGGAGACCGACACCCUCUACGUCUCCGCGGAGCUGUGGGAUGGGUUCAUCCAGGAGAAACGCAAGACGGAGAGUGUGCCCGGAUACCGCGAAGUGGGUGGAGUAGUAGCACGAGAACCGACGUUCAUCGCCUUUCCGGCCCCCGAGCGGGCGCUGCGGUCGGUGGCGGUGGCGAUGAGGCUGCUCCAGGAACAUCCGGGGAGCCUGGUCGGCGCCUUUUUCCGAUGGCGAGGCGUGAAAGUGGUAUACCUGGUUGUCCAUGAACAGGGGGAUGACGAGAGACAAUUUGAGAGUGAUGCGAUGGAAGGGAAACAGCCGUGGAGAUUCGAAGUAUCGGAAGCCACGCUGAAGGGGAGGUGGGUUCCAGCGAGCCGUGAAAUGGAAUGGGAAGCCAGCGGCAGCAGCAACAACAACAACAACAACCAAGAGAACGACUCCGACUUAGAGAAGCUGAGUACGGUCAUGCUCGGAACCCAGCCUUCGUUGACUGCGCUCUUCAGGGAGUGGAACCCUUCGGUUCACAGGGAUUUUAGGGUCCAGCUUAUCCGUGUUGCCAUACAGCGUACGUGA